UAGGCGGCGGCGCGCGCUGCGGGUAGUGAGUGUGGAGCUCGAGCUGCAGCUGCUGCCGCCGCCGGAGGAAGCUUGAUCCCCGCGCUCCGGACACCCCGGCCUCGCCAUGGCUGACCAGCUGACUGAGGAGCAGAUCGCAGAGUUCAAGGAGGCCUUCUCCCUCUUUGACAAGGAUGGAGAUGGAACUAUCACCACCAAGGAGUUGGGGACAGUGAUGAGAUCCCUGGGACAGAACCCCACCGAAGCAGAGCUACAGGACAUGAUCAAUGAGGUGGAUGCAGAUGGGAAUGGGACCAUUGACUUCCCGGAGUUCCUGACCAUGAUGGCCAGAAAGAUGAAGGAUACAGACAGCGAGGAGGAGAUCCGAGAGGCGUUCCGUGUCUUUGACAAGGACGGCAAUGGCUACAUCAGCGCUGCCGAGCUGCGUCACGUAAUGACGAACCUGGGUGAGAAGCUGACCGAUGAGGAGGUGGACGAGAUGAUCAGAGAGGCCGACAUCGAUGGAGACUGCCAGGUCAAUUACGAAGAGUUUGUACAGGUGAUGACUGCCAGGUGAAGGCCCCUGGGCAGCUGGUGAUGCCCAUUCUCGUGAUCUCUCUCUUCUCGCGCGCGCGCUCUCUUCAACACUACCCUGCGUUCCCCGGUUCUAGCAAACACUAGUUGAUUGACUGAGAAUCUGAUAAAGCAACAAAAGAUUUGUCCCCCCCCCAAAAAACUUA